GUCUCCUCGGUAACCCGGAAGUGGACGGCGGCUGGAUCAUGGCGUGGAGAGGAUGUGUAGUGAGAUGGAUUAAAGAGGAUUUUAUCACUCAGGCGAACCGCAGAAACGGGUUUAUUAUUUUCCAACAGCAGAGAUGUGGCUUUCGGAAAGUGGCAAAGAGUGUGGAGCCAAAGUUGGCUUCAGAACAAGCAGAGUUGGUACAAAAAAAAGGCGGGACUCCAGCAAUAGAGCCGCCGACUCCAUCACAGCCUGAGAGAUCACUGGGCAGACUGGUCAAGCCACUGGUGUUCACUGUAGGGUUUACAGGCUGUUCGUUCGGAACAGCAGCGAUCUGGCAGUACGAAAGUCUGAAGUCCCGUGUACAGAGCUACUUCGAUGAGGUGCGAGCUGAUUGGCUGGACAAACUGCGACCACAGAAACAUGGAGACCUACGCAAACAGAUCAAUCAGUGGUGGAACAGUCUGAGUGAAGGACAGAGGACUGUAACAGGGAUCAUAGCUGUUAAUGCACUGGUGUUUUGCUGUUGGAGAAUUCCACCUCUGCAGCGAUUAAUGCUGAAGUAUUUCACCUCUAACCCCGCCUCCAGAACACUGUGUUGGCCCAUGCUGUUGUCCACUUUCAGUCACUACUCCUUCUUCCACAUGGCGGCCAACAUGUAUGUGUUAUGGAGUUUUUCCUCCAGUGCAGUGAGCAUGAUGGGAAAGGAGCAGUUCAUCGCUGUCUAUAUGUCCGCAGGUGUAAUCUCCUCAUUUGCUAGCUACGUGUGUAAAACGCUAACAGGAAGGUUGGGGCCUUCACUAGGGGCGUCUGGUGCUAUCAUGACUGUACUCGCUGCCGUCUGCACGAAGAUUCCUGAGGCUAAACUGGCCAUCAUCUUCCUCCCUAUUUACACCUUCACUGCAGGAAAUGCACUGAAAGCCAUCAUUGCCCUUGAUACAGCAGGGUUGAUUAUGGGAUGGCGAUUUUUUGACCAUGCUGCUCAUCUAGGAGGCGCUCUGUUUGGCAUCUGGUACAUCCUCUACGGUAAUGAUCUGAUCUGGAAGAACAGAGAGCCCCUGGUGAAGAUGUGGCACAACCUCAGGACGCGAGGACCCGGGACUGGCGGCAACGGAUCCCUCUAGAGCAUCAUGGGGAAAAAAUAUUACAGUGUCUCAAUAUAAUAAACACCGGUUUAUUAGGAACGAGUGUGCACUGUGUGUGUGAGGGUGUGUGUCUGUCUGUCUGUCUGUGUGUGUGUGUGUAUGAGGGUGUGAAUGAUCUGUAAUCAGAAUUAUUUCAGUUUUUGACUAUAAAUAAAAUGUUUAUUACA